AUAGUGCUGAUACAAAAUAAUAAAGGUAGGUGCUAGUCAUCUCAACCAUCAAUAACUGAGACGCCAUAACUACUACGACAAUGUUACCCAAUGCGGCCGAAUGGCAAAGGGCAUCGAGCGUAGGGAAAAACUACAUCCGUUUGAUAGCGGAGCAUUCCAUAGGAUUCCUUGUUAUAUUGCUAAUACCAACGAUACACUUUGGACUUGUUCAGAGAUUAUGGGUCAUAAAAAGUCCCGUAGACAGAGAAAAAUGCACGUGUGACUGUUGGGACACCGUUUUCAAAGGAUCUUACGAGGGAACAAAGGAAAACUAUAAACCAGGAUAUAAACAUAUCUACAUCAAUGUGACUGUCAAUACAUUCCUUAUUUGGGCAAUAUCUCUUCUUGUCCUUAUAUGGACAUACCAAAUUGUUAGGCAUGUCACCAGACUAAUAUUCAACGGUAAUCUACGAAUACCAAUGAUAAUAGUAGUAUGUGGCGCCAUCUAUCCUCAUUAUUAUUCUUGGUGGAACUUUUGUAACUAUUUAAAUGAUGAUUUCUACGAACAAUGGAACCAUCAAAUGUUCUUUUCGUUAACGGAACUUGCAGGAACUUUAAUGGCGCUGUACAUGAGUGAUUUGAGAUCAGAGUGUCAACCCAGGUUACUUACCGGAAUGAUCUCUAUAGCAAUGGCUCAUAUAUUCAUAAGUGCUUCCGAUCAAUUCCUUGUAAAUCUAUUCAUUGGGGCAGAACAAUUUAAGAGAUCCAGAGAUAUAGGUUUCCUAGUGGGAGAUAUAUUGACUGUGUUGUUGAGCUUAGUUGAACUCUUUAGAUACUCUAAACGUAAAGGUUUGACAAUGAUGGGAGCUGUUGGGAAAAAGCAUAUGUGUACAGGUUUAGCAGUAACAUCUAUGCUGGUGAUAGUGGCAAUGCACAUAUGACCACGAAAGCAGAAAAUUUACUCAGCCACGCUAAACAAUACCUUUUUUCAAAUUAUUUUCAAAAGCUGAUCCACUUCGUAAUAAGAUAAUUCCAAAAGUGAUAAAAAUAAAGUAACAUGUGACAUAUGACAGCAAACGUUAUUUUUCAUUGAAUUAGGACUCCUUGACAAUGUAUUGACUUGCCUCUCAGAUAACAGACAUAAAGCCAAAGGCAUUUUUUAUAACGUACUUCAAAUAAUAUGUCCCGACUGUCUAGCUGGCUAGAUCUGAUUCUCUCUUUAA